AUGAAUUGGUUGGCAGGCCAUCCGGUGGAGCAGAGAUGCAGAGCCGCCCCAAGUGGGAUGUCAUUCCCAGGUGGAGUUUGGAGGGUUGGUGACCCAUAUCAAGAGCUACACCAGGUUGUGCCCGCCUACCUGACGAAGCAGCCGCCAUCUGAUUCCCCGAGCGAUUUUGGGCCAGCGUCCACACAAACCGCCGCCUUCUACGAGCCAACGUGUUUUCAUUCACUCUCGGACCAAACUCUUACGCCACCAUAUGCUUUCCAUAUCUUGGCAGUUGUCCAUCCAGUUCAUCCUUUCUCGAACAAUUCCUAUUCACAUGACCAAUCACAUCGCAAAGAAACAGAAUUGGGGAAGAGACUCAAACUUCACCUUGGCUUUGAAACACCCUUUCGAUGGGUCCUCAUGGGCAGCAGAAAUCUCAUCCGGAAGGGGAAGUUGCAGAUCCAGAGUGAUCUUCGUCCUGAAGUAAAGCCCACCGGUAGAAACUGA